CACCGUUGCAUAUCCUGGAAACAAUGUGAGCCUUCGGAUUAAAAAGCUAUAUAAUUUAAAGAAAAAAACCAUCCCCAUUUUCUCGAGCGGCUCUCUGACUCCGGUCAUUGGUCAAUCCCUUCUUCUCCCAGUCUCCGUUCUGACCGUUUCGAUCCAAUCUUCGUUAAAGAGUAAUCAAGAUUUUAUUUAUGGGAACAUCAUCUGGUUCUAAUAUUAACCACCAGCAUUCAUCGAAGAUGUUGCCCCCACGGCAACAACCACGACCAGGGAGCUUACAAACUUCGUUGUCCUUAGUCUCCUCUGAACAUCGCUUGUCGCCUGAUGCUCAAGAACCUAGAUCGAACUCAGAUAAUGUUCACGAAUCCCCAACUGAGAGUGCUAGCUCACAAGAGACUUGGCCUACUGCUGAUGCUGUCACAGCAAAGAAGAUGGAAAAUGGGAAAAUAGAAAAUGACUGCCCUGAGCAAUCUGUCAUUCGUCGUGUUUCUAGUGCUGAUAAGAUAACUCUUAGAGACAUCGCAAGAGAAAGAGUUGAUGUUAUCUCUGAAAAGAUGCAUCGCCUACCUGAUGAAUUUCUAGAUGAGCUAAAGAAUCAACUCAAGGCUAUUCUGGAAGGCAAUGGAGGGUCACAAAACAGGGAAGAGUUUUUGAUUCUGCAGAAGCUUGUUCAAAGUAGAUCUGAUUUGACAGCAAAGACAUUGAUUAGAGCACAACGGGCACAGCUCGAAAUCCUCGUUGCAAUAAAUACAGGAAUUCAGGCAUUCCUGCAUCCAAACAUCAGUUUAUCCCAAACUUCUCUCAUUGAGGUUUUUGUGUACAAAAGAUGCAGAAACAUUGCAUGUCAAAACCAGCUACCUGCAGAUGAUUGCACCUGUGAACUAUGCGCCAAUAGGAAUGGUUUUUGCAAUCUAUGCAUGUGUGUCAUCUGCAACAAGUUUGAUUUUGAAGUAAAUACCUGCCGCUGGAUUGGUUGUGAUUUAUGCUCCCAUUGGACUCAUACUGAUUGUGCUAUUCGUGAUGGGCAAAUUUGUAUGGGCCCUUCUGUUAAAAGUGGAUCAGGUCCUACUGAAAUGCUUUUUCGCUGCCGUGCUUGCAAUCGAACGUCUGAGCUGUUUGGUUGGGUCAAAGAUGUCUUCCAACAUUGUGCUCCAGCCUGGGAUAGGGAGGCUCUUAUGAGAGAACUUGAUUUUGUUAGUAGGAUUUUUCGCGGAAGUGAUGACCCUAGAGGAAAGAAACUCUUCUGGAAGUGUGAGGAUCUUUUGGAAAAAAUGAGGGGUGGACAAGCAGAAUCCACUGCUUGCAGAUCGAUAUUAAUAUUUUUCCAAGAGCUUGAUAUGGAUUCUCCGACAAGUCUGGAAAAUGGGGAAGGUGGACGUCUGAUAGCACCACAAGAGGCGUGCAAUCGAAUUGCAGAUGUAGUCCAGGAGGCCAUAAGAAAGAUGGAAAUGGUGGCUGAUGAGAAGAUGAGGAUGUUCAAGAAAGCUCGCUUGGCUCUUGAUGCUUGUGAUCGGGAGCUUGAGGAUAAGGCCAAGGAAGUAGCAGAACUGAAGCUGGAGAGACAAAAAAAGAAGCUGCAAGUAGAAGAGCUGGAGAGGAUUGUCAGGCUUAAACAGGCAGAGGCUGAUAUGUUCCAGCUUAAGGCCAAUGAGGCAAAACGAGAGGCUGAGAGGCUUCAAAGGAUUGCACUUGCAAAAUCUGAUAAAUCGGAAGAAGAGUAUGCUAGCAGUUACCUGAAACUACGGUUGAGUGAGGCAGAGGCUGAGAAGCAAUAUUUGUUUGAAAAACUAAAGCUGCAGGAGUCCUCACGGGCAUCGCAGAGUAGUAGUGGAGGUGACCCUUCACUUAUGUAUUCCAAAAUCCGUGAUAUGCUCCAUGGGUACAAUAUCAUCCCCGCUAAAACAGAGUCUCAGCCAAAUGAGCGCCAUGGUUUUAGAGCAAAUCCCUGACUGUCUGAUGUGCGAGUUAGAAUAUGUUGCUUUGUUGGUAAAUUAGAGUGUUAAGGUUUGCUGUUUCAUUUUAAUGUAUGAAACCUUCAAUGAAUUGUCAGUUAAUAGUUUAUUAUUUGUCGUAUGAUAUGUUGUCUUCAUGUACGAACUUCCUUUCUGUGGCUUCGAAUGUGCAAUGAGAAAUCUCCAAUUUCAUGUAAA